AUGAGAAGGGUCACCGUCCUCCUCUUCCUGGGACUGCUGCUGGGGCUGGUCACCACAUUACCCAACAAGGACGAUUGGGACAUCUACAGCUUCCACAUUAACUCCACAGUGACCAGCCGCUAUGCCACCACCGUCAUCUCCAGCCGAGUGGCCAACCGCAUCGACCAGUCCAAAGAGAUCGAGUUUCAUGUUCGAAUUCCCAAAAACGCCUUUAUUACCAAAUUCAGAAUGUUUAUGGAUGGUGAAGUUUAUGACGGCGUUGUGAAGGAAAAGGAACAAGCGGAGCGCCAGUACACAGCGGCUGUGUCUCAAGGCCAGAGUGCAGGAAUUGUCAGUUCUGUGGGGAGAACGUUGGAGGAAUUCAAAACUUCUGUAAAUGUGGCCGCUCACAAAAAAGUCACAUUUGAACUGACGUACGAGGAGCUGCUCAAACGCCGACUGGGCAAGUACGAGCUGCAGAUCUACGCUCGACCCCUGCAGCCGGUCAAAGAUUUCAAGGUCGAUGUCCACAUAAACGAAGAAGCUGGACUUAAGUUGAUAGAGAUUAAAGGUGGCCUCAACACAAAGGAAUUGGCAAAUGCUAUUACCCAAGAUGUCUCGGACAAACAGGCCUCGAUCUCUCUUUACCCAACAGUGGAUCAACAGAAGGCGUGUGACAGUUGUUCAGAUGCAGGCCUGAAUGGAGAUUUGGUCAUUUUUUACGACGUAAAAAGAGAACUUCCUUUUGGAGAUCUUCAGACUGGGGAUGGGUAUUUUGUGCAUCACUUUGCUCCCUCCAACCUGCCCCGCAUACCGAAAAAUGUUGUCUUUGUGAUUGACCAAAGUGGUUCAAUGCAUGGACGGAAAAUGCAACAGACUCGCAUUGCCCUGAUUCACAUCUUAAGCGAUUUGGAAGAAGACGACUUUUUUGGACUCAUCACUUUUGACAGUGAGAUCUUUCACUGGAAACGGGAACUUGUUCAAGCCACAUCCAAAAACAUUGAAGAGGCCAAGACGUUUGCUGAGAACAUUCAAGAUCGCGGCUCCACGGAUAUCAACAAGGCGGUGCUGGAAGGGACCCGCAUGCUGAAUGUGUACACCAGGGAAGACUCCGCCUCCAUUCUCAUACUCCUGACUGACGGAGACCCCACCUCAGGAGAGACUAAUCCUGAGAGGAUUCGAGCUAAUAUUAAACAGGCCAUCGCAGGUCAAUUCCCACUGUACUGCCUUGGAUUUGGAUUUGACGUUAACUUUCAGAUCCUGGAGAAGAUGUCUCUGGACAAUAAUGGUGCUGCUCGUCGCAUAUACGAAGAUUCUGACGCAAAUCUGCAACUUCAGGGCUUUUAUGAAGAGGUGGCGACACCACUGUUAAAAGAUGUGACCAUGGUGUACAUCGGAGGCUCAAAUCUAACCCAGACUAACUUCAGUCAGUAUUAUAAUGGCUCCGAGCUCGUAGUGGCCGGCGUGAUCACCAACAACGACAUUGAAAGCUUUACUCCUGAAGUCGUGGCCCUCUCUAGAAACACUAAAGUAACUUUUUCAAACCGAAAUGCAACCACAGAACUGACAGAAGCACCGGUCGACCGCAUCCAGAGAGUGUGGGCCUAUCUCACAGUCAAACAGCUCAUGGAGAAAGAGUUGCAAUUGUCUGGACCAGAGAAGGAGAAGGCGAAGAAAGAGGCCAUGGAUUUAUCUUUGAAGUACAGUUUUGUGACUCCUCUCACGUCUAUGGUGGUCACCAAACCUCCAGGAGAAGACUCUGCUGUGCUCCACAAGCCUAAAGAGGGACAAAAAACCCAACCUUUGCGUACAAGGAUACAUUCAAGACUGGGUGUAUCAGGUGCAUCAGGAAGCAUUCACAGACUUAAGGCCCUCCCAGAGCCAGGUUUGUCUGGUAAUCGUCCAGUUAGUGGGUUUUUUCCUGCGCCCGCAUCUCCUGCUGGUCACCCUGGUUUCUAUGGUCGCGGUGGUCGCGGUGGUCCCCCUGGUCUCCCUGGUCACUUUAGUCUCCCUAGUGCCGUCAUUUAUGCUGACGAUAUCACAGAUUAUGGAGACAAUUUAAUGGAAGGGGACGAUAUGAUGAUGAUAGCUGCAACCAUGAUUCCUGACACUACACCAACAACAACUAAAGCUCCCUCCACGCAAAGGUUUUUAAUGACAGCUACAAAUACGUCACUGCCGCUGUGCUUUGAUCUCUCCGCCAGCGGCCGCCUGAAGUUACUGCGCAUCCCCAGCAGAGAGCUUACUGUAAACGGUGCGCUUAGUCCAGAGAUCAAUGGAGGCUUUACACACAUUGUCAUUAGAGUCCAAAGUUACCUGAGGCUUGAGGCGGACACUGAGAGCUUCUCUGUGAUGAACGAUCAAACUGGAGAAAUCACCCGCUACACAUCACCCGCCCAGUUCACAGCCGACAGUGUGGCGGUGAUCAUUCGUGACAAGGAGGUCGACAUAUCGGUUGGAGACAUUCAUUUUGUAAUUUUGGGCCAUGAAAUUUCUGGGAGGAAAUUCUUGUGGCCUGUGCUAAAACAGAUGCCAGCAGACGACACGGCUGAGGGAGUUUUAGUUUACAACAACGCACAUUAUGAAGGAGGAGUGACAAUGGGAUCAACGUCAACAGUCAAAGUUAAAGGAAAAAAUAUCAUCGUCAGCAGGUCCAGAGCUGAGGACUACAGAGUGGCCACGCCCACAGCAGAGGACUGCUGGCUCCUGUCGGCAGAGGACGCCUUCCAGAAACCAGCCCCGGAGUUCUUCAACUGA